AUGAUGCGAAUUCUAACCUACGACUGCCGGAGAAAAUAUUCGGAGGUGAAUUAAUUGUAGAUAUUUAUUGGAGAAGAUUGAUUUCUCAAAAUGUCAGGGCAAUCGAGGAGAUUAUUCGAGGCUCUGACGUCGAGAAUCAAUCGCUCGCCACUGCUGACUAGUGUCGUGGAAGGCGCUGCUGAAAAAGCUCACAAUCUUCAGAGUAAGGCAACCGAAAAAUAUGACACAUUAGUGAAGCAUGUUCACGGCAACACCACCACAAUAAUCCAGGACUUCCACAAAGCCGCCCUCCAGCCAUCCACCCCGAUCCCAGUAAAACUGGUGAACUGGUGGAAAUGGUACCAACAAUUGACGGGUCUGGAGGACGUCGAAGUGGCAAAAAGACAAGUUAUAGCAAUCCAGGAUAAGCUAUUCCACUGUCAGGACCAACGACGGGAUCUAAUGAACCAGGCCCGAGUGGUUGCUGACAAAUUGAAGGAUAUUUAUGGAGAACUGGUGCAGACAAAGAGGGAGGAUCCUAAGUACGUUCAGUUGACGAUAAUGGAGAAUAAAGGGCUGCAAGAGCAGAGCAGAGUCAUGGGGCAGUUACGACUGCUGGAGAAUGAAGAGAGGGAUCAUUUUACGCAGCUGGCUACUGCGAUCAAAGAAUAUCACGACAGUCAAUCUAUGAAUGCACAGAAAUAUAGAUAUUUAUCAAUUCUCGCAUCAGCUGGAAUCGCUGUUCUGUCCCUUGGGGGAUCGAUGAUUUAUAAUAAUCGAAGAAUAGCUGACGUUCGGAAUGUCAUCGCCUCGGGGCAAACUAAAAAUGAAACAUUGUUUCGCGAGUAUUUUGAUUCGUUUGAAAGAAGUAUAAAUAAACAACAGGGAUUUUUUAAUUCUUGGAGGAAUGAAACUGUUACACCUGCGCCCACACCUACACCUGUGGUGAACAAUCCGCCCCCUCAACAUACAUCUAAAAUUGUAAACGAUAAAGUCAUAAUGAUAGGUGCAAUACUUUUUGUAUGCUAUGUUCUAGGUAAAAUCACUUCAUGAUUGUUGAGUUUUUUAUUGGAAUUUGUGAAGACUUGCCAGGGGUUUGAGUUGUAACAUAGGUAGAUGUGAAAAAUGCAUUUGUAUAUUGUAAAAUAAAUUGAAUUUUUGAUAUUUCCA